UAAACAUACAGUAGCGUCUGAUUUUAAAAGUUGUAUUCGCCUUCGAAGACAAUUGAUACGCUACUGCUGAAUUAAUUUUAAACAAAUAAAUGUGCUUCCAUUGAUUCAGUGUAACUUUGGAUCACGAAAACCCUCCAAAUUUGAAGGUUUUCAAGGUUUUAUUUUCUUAAAUUGUGGUGUUGGCAGUGGUGCGCUUCACAUAAUUAUUAUUUCCCCCGUUUUUGAAAGAGCUUUAACAAGUACAAAACUAUUCCUGUUAAUACACAAUAACAUUGCACAUGCAAGAAUCUGUGUCAGUCGGGUUGUAGUCUGCUGCUUCUGUCACAGAAAGUCGAUAUGGCUCAGGAUUUCCUCCCGGGCAUGGAGAGCUCCGCAAUCUCUGUCUUAAAGAGAGCCGUGGAGCUCGACCACAGCUCACGCUUUCAGGAGGCUCUGGUGUGCUACCAGGAAGGGAUCCAGCUCCUGUUGGAUGUACUGAAAGCUGUAAAAGAUGAUUCAAAGAAGGGCCACUACAGAGAGAAAAUCAAGGGCUACAUGGACCGAGCAGAACAGAUCAAAGACCAUGUGAACAAACUGAAAGAAGAGGGUAAAUACCAUGAGCAGAUAAAGAUAGCAGACAGUGCCACUGGUUUCAGCUAUGAAUCCCUCUUCAAACCCUAUAUUAGAGACGGACUGACUGAAGUCUGGGUGGAAGACCCUUAUGUACGGCAUGUCCAUCAGUUGUAUAAUUUCCUUCGUUUCUGUGAAAUGCUGCUGAAAUGCCAGUGUAAAGUAAAGACGAUUCACCUUCUGACCUCGCAGGAUGAGGACAGCUCUGCUCAGCAAACCAGUGCCCUUGCAGAAAUAAAGCAGUCGCUACGGAGUCAAAAUGUCUGUCUGGACAUUCAGUACUCAUCUACUAUUCAUGACAGGGAGAUCAGGUUUAAUAAUGGUUGGAUUAUUAAGAUCGGCAGGGGACUUGAUUAUUUCAAAAAGCCAAAGGUACCACCUAAGUGA